GGAGAAUCGACAUGGCUGGUCCAAUGUCGAAGCAAGCAUCAGAUACUUCUAUGUUAAAACGAAAGAGAUGCCACGAUGAAGAGUCUAGCGAGAGCAAGCCCGCGGACGUCUCCAGUCAAGACACCGCGUCACAUUCAGACAUUAUAGAACCAGCACAACCUGAGAAGACAGACAAUCAAUCUCAGCUAACAGAAAAAAAACCCCGAGGAAGACCUAAAAAAUCUCAACCCAAGAAGCCUCAGUCCGUGUCACAGAAUGCCAAUAAUGGCAAUUCCAAGCGCACCAAGAAGACCGUGCCGAAAAAGAGAUCCCCGUCUGGGCCCUGGCCGGAUCAAUUAAAAAGUGUUUCGCGGAUUCAUCGUGCUUUGAAUAUCGUUUAUACAUUCUGCUGUACGAGGAAGCACUUUGCUACGACUUUUGAUAAUAUUAAGCAGGCCGUUCAAGCGCAGUUGGGAGGCCAGGAACUUACCAUCGAAGAUGUUGCGAGGGUGAGGGUUCUCAUGCCUCGGGCUGUGCGAUUUGAAUAUGUCGAUGAUGCGAAAUUGGAGGUUAUGACGACUGGGGAAAAGGACACGGUAGAUUAUAGUUUACACGGGGAUAUGGGCAUCCAAGUCCAACACAGUUUGUUGUUCGAAUUCCUCGACGGCGAUCUGAAGCGGCAGGUUUCACACCCCCAAACCGGGGAACCGACCAAGCCAAUGCGCAGGAUGAAGGACGAGGAUCUGAAAAUGCCGGUCUACAGCCAGAAGCAGAUGCUGGCGUUGAUCGAGAAGCGGAAUACCAAGUUUUCCGACGCUGUCGACGCUUUCUUGGUCCUGUGUGAGGAUGACCGCUUAGAUCCAGUGGCGAGGCUGGAGCAAGAGAAGGAUGCAUUCGUGCCUACCCUUCCGGACAGUGAGGCAAACACGCCCGCUGUGUUGGCUGCGCCGCGUGAAAUCCCCAAAGAACGCAAGACCAUCUCUGAGAUAAUAACUGAGAUUCGGGAGAUGGAUUGGUACUCGGCGCAGAUUGUUCCAGAUGGUCACCGUGUUUUUGACGCGCAGCCUUCAGUUUAUGGGGACUUGACGUUUCAGCUUUCUCAGAAUUUAGUUAACGCAUUGUAUAACACCAAAGGCAUCACGCAGCUCUACUCCCACCAGACAGAAGCGAUCAAUCACCUGUACGAUGGUCAUAACGUCAUUGUUUCCACUUCCACCAGUUCUGGAAAAUCACUGAUCUACCAAGUUCCAAUGCUACAUGAGCUCGAAAGAGACCCUAGUAGCCGAGGGAUGUACAUAUUCCCCACCAAAGCCUUGGCUCAAGAUCAGAGACGCAGCCUGAAGGAUCUACUACAGUAUAUUGAAGGCUUGCAGGAUACCAUGAUUGAGACUUUUGAUGGAGACACGCCCAUGGAAAUUCGCAAUCUUAUCCGUGACGAGGCACGCAUCAUUUUCACAAACCCAGAUAUGCUGCACAUUACAAUCUUACCACAAGAAAGUUCCUGGCGUACCUUUUUGAAGAACCUGAAGUUCGUUGUGGUUGAUGAACUACAUGUCUACAACGGGCUAUUUGGAUCUCAUGUUGCCUUCGUCAUGAGACGGCUACGCAGGAUCUGUGCGGCAGUAGGAAACCGACACGUCAAGUUUAUAUCUUGUUCAGCUACCGUGGCAAACCCGGAAGACCAUAUGAAGGCGGUAUUUGGCAUUGAUGAUGUGCGGUUAAUCGAUUUCGACGGCUCCCCGUCUGGCCGCAAGGAGUUUAUCUGUUGGAAUACGCCUUUCAAAGACCCCGGAGACCCAACAUCAGGGCGUGGAGACAGCGUAGCAGAAACUGCACGGCUAUUUUGUCAGUUGAUCCUCAGAGGGGUAAGAGUGAUUGCAUUUUGCAGAAUCAGAAAAUUGUGCGAGAUUCUCCUUCAGGCCGUGAGGAAUGAGUUUCACAAUCUUAACUGGACGGAAAUUGGUAGGCUUGUUAUGGGAUAUCGGGGUGGUUACAGUCCUCAAGACCGGCGACGGAUUGAGAGAGAAAUGUUUGAGGGAAAGCUCAUGGGAAUUGUCGCAACCAACGCUCUCGAACUUGGCGUUGAUAUCGGCUCUCUUGAUGCUGUCAUCACGCUUGGAUUCCCUUAUUCGAUUUCAAACCUGCGCCAGCAAAGUGGUCGAGCUGGACGCAGAAAUAAAGAUUCCCUCUCCAUUCUUGUUGGCGAUAAGUUCCCGACAGACCAACACUACAUGCAAAAUCCAGAUGAACUAUUCACCAAGCCAAACUGCGAGCUGCAGGUAGAUCUUUCGAACGAACUCAUUUUGGAGGGACAUGUUCAAUGUGCAGCAUUCGAAAUGCCCAUUCGACCGGAUGAGGAUAGCAUUUACUUUGGCGAGCAACUUUCAGAAUUUGCGGCAACGAGACUAAUGAAAGACGACUUCGGGUUCUAUCACUGCCACGAGAGAUUUCGACCACAGCCUUCCCGAUGCGUUUCAAUACGAGAUACUGAAGAACAGCAUUUUGCAGUUAUAGACACCACCAACGCACGAAAUAUGGUUUUGGAGGAGGUCGAAGCCUCGCGUGCAACCUUCACGAUCUAUGAAGGGGGCAUAUUUCUCCACCAGGGUCAAACAUACCUAGUGAAGGAGCUCAACACGGACCGGCAAUUUGCUCGUGUUGUUCGCGUGCAAGUUGACUGGAAUACGAUGCAACGAGAUUUCACCGACAUUGACCCUAUCGAAACCGAUAACAUGCGCCUGAUAAGUGUUACGUCAGAUUCGCGCGCUUUCUUCGGUUCUGUCCAGAUUCAUGCCGUUGUUUACGGUUUCUUCAAAGUCGACAAGCGUGGCCGCGUGCUAGAUGCUGUGUCGGUGGAUAACCCACCCAUUGACAUCCUCACCAAAGGCAUGUGGCUCGAUGUGCCCAAACGGGCUCUCGAGAUUCUUGAGUCACGACAUCUCAACAUUGCUGCCGCCAUCCAUGCAGCCGAGCACGCCAUUCUUUCUUUGAUGCCUACCUUUGUCAUUUCAUCCCCCGGGGAUGUCCGAACAGAGUGCAAAGUAGCCAAAAAGGAAUUAGGGAGGAACCUUAAGCUUGCGAAUGGGGCAUCAGAAGGCAUAAAUAAGCUUCAGCCACCUGCGCGGCAACGGCCAGCGCGGUUAACCUUCUAUGAUGCGAAGGGUGGCCCGUGUGGCUCCGGAAUUGCCGGCAAAGCAUUUGAAUUUAUUGACGUUCUUCUCCGCCGUGCGGUUGCGCGCAUCGAGGCCUGUGAUUGCAUUACCCCUAACGGUUGCAUUGAAUGUGUCUGCGACGAACGGUGCAAAGAGAUGAACGUGGUGAUGAGCAAGGUAGGCGCUGGUGUUGUAUUGAGAUGCCUGCUCGGUUGGGAGGUAGACGUCGACUCUUUGCCCUGGGGUGAAGACUUUGAUGGCGAAGAGGGAAUAGGCGAGCUGGCUGGUGGGUUAGAGACUGUGGUUGCAGCGACUGAAAUUCCCUGGGGGAACCGGCGCGCACCUUGACAUAUCAUAAUGGUAAUGAGCCCAUAUACUCUGUACAAAUACUUUCAAAACAUCA